AUGGUUGGAACCAACCGUCGUCGGUCUACCUUUUGCCGCGCGAUGAAACAUGAGCUUUGUGUAGAUGCCCCAGGAAGAGUACGGGUUCAUGUCGGGCGGGUAGAUGACGGAGAAACACAUACGUACAUGUACAUUCAUACGCGGCGAGUGCCCGGCGACAGCUCUUGAUGGAUGGUACUUUUGCACACGCACGGCGGUGCGACGAUCAAUUUUGCGACACUUUACUACUACUCUUGCGGUAGAGACGGGAAGGAGAGAAGUAAAGCCAACGGACUUUUUUUUUUUAUGUUGUCGGUAGCAGACGAAUGGUGUGGUGACGGUGAGGGAAGAACGGUGUAAUGGGCAUGGUGGAAACGACGGGGAGAGGGGAGGUUCGUCGUGCUGGAAGGGUUGGUUGUACCUCUUCGCCUAAACCUUGAACUAUACUCUAUCGUAAGGUCAAGCCGGGAGGAAAAGAAAGGAUUUUUGCCAUUAUCGUAGCGUGUUUGCUCGAUACAACGGAGAGCGCGUCAGCCACGACCUUGCUGCUGCUAAUCGGCUCCGAGGCUUUUGUACAUCUCGCGCUCGCGUGAGUCCUGAAUAAUAAGUGAUGGUAUAUGAAUGCCAGAUUUGUACGCGUUGGCGUGGGAUAUAGAGUAGGAGACCCCCCCCCCC